AUAUCCCAAAGUAGCCACUGUGCAUGUGACCUGUUCAUGAAUGCUGCCCUAUUCCCUUUUCCAGUAGCAUUUAAUUUACAAAAGGUAAUUCUGAAGCUGUGAUUUUGCCAGAACAUAAGAAUGUAAAUGAAGCCACAUUAAUUUCCAGCUUAAUAGGAACAUGAGAGGUAAGAGGGGAGCAGUGCUUGCUAAAUAGAAACAGCAAAAGUGUAUGGAGAAGGGAAUUUUGCAUUCCCUUUAAGGAGGACCCCAUCUGACUCCUAUGGAAGUCUAUGGAAAGGCUCCUCUUAACCAUAAAUAAUGGGGUAAAUUGGAAUGGACACUGCACACUAUCUCUUGAAUUCAAAUAUUUUGGCAUCCUGCCUCUCCCCUUUUAGGUUGGUGCUACAGUGGAGUGAAUGUCUUCAAGUGGCAAAAUUGGUUCCUUUUAUAUUGUGAGAAGAUGGCAUGAGCCUCAAGAAUGGUCAGGAUCACCUGUGUCAAUAUUUGGGGUGAAAAAGAGGAACUAUAGUUCUUGUCAGUUUGUGGUGGGUGCAGUCCGUGUACAGCUAUGCCAGUUCCCAGUUUGCUUUUCUAGUAAGAUAUGGAACUAGAGUCAUUCUGGCUUCUGUGUAGCAGGGAAUUGAUAAUGUUGAGUGUGGUGCAAGAGGCAUUUGAGGCCUCUUUUCACAAGUGAUUUCUGAAGCAAGUUCUGCUUCCUAAUAUCUCAGUUGCCUAGGGUGGCAACUUCCAGUCCACUCUGUCCUUCCUACAUCUGCCAAUUUCCAGUUUAUCUGGCAUAGGAUUUAGCCUAGCAAAAAAGUGUUGUAAAAGGAAACCUGAAUCUGGGUUAGCAUCCCUGCUUGAUUUAAGAAUGUAUUGAAUUACAUAUCAAAGGAAAAUGGCUCUAAGGAGAUCCUGUAACAAAAAACUUUUGAAUCUGAAAUCUAAGACCAAAAAACCCACCUAAUUCACUACAUCUUCAGAGCAUAGAGAACUGGGUACUGUGAUGAUUAUAUACUCAUAUUGUGUAUGGAUAGCUUUCUGAACUAUAGUGCUUCUCUGAACAGAAAUUACUCACUUCCUUGCAGUUUAGAUGUUCAAUCUUCAUACCAGUUUUAAAAAAAAAAUUCUGGACUCACUGAGAGAGAACAUGAUGAAACUGUCUCAUCCCUGGUAAACUGGAAAGCUCUCCUUUUAUUGAAGAUUAAUUCUUUCCCAAAUCCCUUUAUCAUUUGAGGUGCUUGGGUCAGCCUAGUUAAAAAAUGUGCAUUUUUUCCCUCUGCUGUUUGAUCCUCUUUCUCGAGCAUGUUUGAGGGAAGAGAAGAGGGGCAGGAAAAUGCCUAUGGUCAGGUUAAAUCUGAUGUGUGUCUGUGAUUUAGAAGAUGCUUCUUGGUAGACAGUUGUGACCCGGGGUGCGGGGGGCGCCACGUGUGGUCUUUAUUGUAAAUCUACCUUUAUAGUUUUAUGUCCGGAAAACAAAGAUGCCAAGAAAUUGCUCUGGCUUGAUUUCAGAGCAUCUUUAACCCUAAAGUUGGAGGCCCUUGUUCAUUGAUGCCAGCCCUAAUAAAACUGCCCCACACACAGGAGGGUAAACCAUUGAACCAUAUGCCUGUUUUUGGUGUGGCUUCUGUAAUGAAUACUGUUGCAUUCUAAUUUCCAGUAUGACAUGGGAUGGACACCCCAAAGGUAAGCAUUUCAAACAUAGUCCUGAAUCCUGUGGGGGAACUCGGCCAACAACCACUAGUGUGCACUCACCAGAUUGGGAGGGGUAACUGAUUUCCAACGGUCCAGCUGUACAUACGCUGUGGGAGGAAUUUUUAGGCACAAAUUUUAGAGGGUGGAGCUGUUCCUGACUUCAGGAGGGAGGUCUGCCUGGAAAUCGGUGUCCGUGAGUCUCUACAGUGUUUGCACUCUGUGUGUGUCUGCGUUCCCACAUGAAGGGGUUUGUGAUCUGACUAGACAAAGUUUCAUUAUACUAGUGAAGUUUCCAAGCCUUUUCUACUUAGAAGAGUUUUUAAAAAUUCCUUCUGACACUCUCUUCCUGGAGAAAGAAAUGCCCUAUCACAGCGUUCUUCACCUGGUCCUGCUGAUGCUCUCUGGAGUCGUGGUCCCUGCUGUCCUAAGAGCAGAGUAUCCCCAAGGACCUGCCCCCACGCUGUGGAAUGAGCCGCCGGAGCUGCCGUCGGGAGGGGGCCCCUUUGAUGCUGCCACCACCGCAAGCCACUUCUCGGACUCUACAGGCUUCCCCCCUUACACCUCAGAGUAUGAGCCUGAGGACACCACAGACCUGCACCAUCUGGAUGAUAACGGGUCUCUGGGUCCUGGAGCUAUCAGUGCCAUCGUAAUUGCUGCUCUCCUGGGCACGUCUGUGAUUGUGGCCCUGAUCGUCAUCACCCUGCGAAAAUUCUCUGCCUCCUGAACUCAAUAAAAGCUUUUUCUUAAUACAA